UCUACUAUGGUAGUUUCGUGACCUGAUAGGAAGGAUGUUUGCCCUCAGAAGCUGUCGACUCAUACAGCUAACCUUCUCACAAGGAAUUAAACCCAAUGCAACAGGGCAGUGCUUGAAAACUCUAACAACGACAUCGCAUGAAGUCCAGAAAGACAAUGACAUGCCCAUUAAAAUGGAAGAUCCAUAUAAGCAACCCCAGAAGGGUUGCAUUCUCUGCAAUAUACCCGUCGACUACAAAAAUGUCCAGUUGUUGUCCCAAUUUGUAUCGCCACACACUGGCAGAAUAUAUGGCAGACACAUAACAGGUUUGUGCAGCAGGAAGCAGAAGUUGGUAACAAAAGCAAUAAAGAGAGCUCGUUCAAUGGGCUUCAUGUCAGUAACGCUGAAGGACCCCCAGUUUAUGAAAGACCCCAAUAUUUGUGACAUCAAGCACCUGGAGUAAUAUAACCCAGCCUUCAAGAGUCUUCAGUGAAACUAUACAUGUUCAGUUCCAAGUCAUUGUGUGUCUGAUGUUGUAGUGCAAAAUCAUAUUUCCAAUGCAUAUUGAUAUGUAUAUAUAAUUUAAAAUGCCAUGUUGAACAAUAAAGUUUUCCAUACAUUUAUA